GUGUACAUGAAUACAUUUUAUGGCACUGCUGGAGAUAGUAAAUCCCCUUUCUUCUUGCGAGCACUGGCCGGAGACGUCACAUCAGCUGGACAGAGAAAUAUUAAACUUGUCGCAGAUUUCGUUAAAA